CGGUUGAGUGAGAGAAGGGCAGCUGUGCUUUCAACCGGCAAUAUAUAUACCGCAGGUCGAGGCUCCGAGUGUCAGUAUCAUCCGUCUGCAACCGAAUCAGCACAGAAAUGCAUCACAAGAUCAGCAGCGCCGUGAUUCUCCUGCUGGCGGUCGGGUUGGCCACGAGCGCCCCCGGCAAAGGAGGCGGCUACGGAGGAGGCUACGGCGGCGGCGGCUAUGGAGGAGGAGGCUACGGCCCGAAGGUCAUCUACAUACCCGUCCAGAUUCCCAUCCACCACCAGCCUUACCACCAGCCCGUCUAUCACCACCAACAGGUCUUCCAUCACCAGCCCGUGAUCCACCACGGAGGCGGAGGCUACGGGGGAGGAGGUCACCUCGGAGGUAUCGGCGGAGGUUUCGGCGGAGGACAUGGAGGUAUCAUCGGAGGCGGUCUAGGCCACGGCGGAGGCCUAGGCGGUGGCAUCAUAGGUGGCGGACUCGGGCACGGAGUCGGCCUAGGUGGCGGGCUCGGGCACGGCGUCGGCCUAGGUGGCGGGCACGGUGGUAUUAUUAGCGGUGGUCACAUUGGUGGUGGUGGAUACCAUUAGGAGGAGCGAUUGGAUCCUCUUCUCAGGAAGAACUUAAUUUUAGGAUGAAUGCAAUCAUAACAUUGUUCUUUGUUAAUAAAAUGUAACUUUUUGUA